GCAGGUGCGAAAGGAUUUUGGCCAAUCCUCCCCUCGCGCGCGGCGUGCUUCGAGUGGGUCGUGGAACCCUAGACCCCUUUCCCCAAUCCCACGGCCACCUCCAUCCUCCCGUGCUCCACCCCGAGCGUGCCCGGGCUCCGCCUCCUCCUCCUCCUCCUCCACCAUCCCUUCUCUUCUCACUCUUCCUCCUGUCGCAGCCGCCUCCUCUUCUCCCUAUCUUCCUCCUCCUCGCCCCACGUGACCCCUCUUGUGCCGCUCGUCUCCACUUCGUUGCCGCCAUAGAUCGAGGAGGACGGCGCGAUGACCACCAUGAUGCAUCGGACAUCCCAGAUCGACGACGCCAUGGAAGCCAUGAGAGCUGGCCGAGGAAGAGGGGGCAGGGCCGCAGGCCAUGAAGGGCAUGGCGGCUGCGGGCGGAAGCAGCAUGGGUUGUAGGAGCGGCGGAUGUGGGCGGGGUCAGAGGUUGGGGAAGACUCGUCGGCUGGGCGACAGCAAGCUUCGGUGAGUGCAAGCAUGCGUUUCUAGAAGCGUCCUCUCCUACAAGGCAGGCAAGGACGACGUCGUCGCCCUCGCAGGUUCUACGAUCUGUUUCAUCUCUUUUCUUCUCGUUAAGGUUAGCUGCUCUAUUUCCUAGGAGAGGGGAGGCGGCCAAUGACAGGGAGAAGGAGCAGGCCGUCGACGAGUGCAAGCAGAAGGUUUCCGGUGACUGGAAGUCUGAAACUGAUGACAGGGCAUAUUGUUUUGGUUAUGAGUGGUUGGAGAUAUUGUGACUUGAUGUCCCUGGAGCAGUCAGACCCUUCCAAGAUAGGUCGAGCGACGGCGAGCACAUCCGACGGCAACACACCAAGGUUUUUGUGGUCGUGUCAUACACCAAUUACCGUCGAGAUGGGUAAUGGUAUGGGAAUGGGGCUCCAAGGAUGUGAAAAUGGUCUGGAAGACAGAGUUAGCAGCGAUAUGUGUCCUCAAGUAAUUUCUUGCCAAAGGUGAUGUGAAGGUUAGCUACUGUGAUCAAGGAAAUAACAUGUAUCUGUGUGGUUUGUUCCUGCUGUUGAUCGGCCAUUGCUGCGUUUAAGGUAUGUUGUGCCCGGUGCUACUUAAUGCUAUAUAAAACCUAUAGCUGUACAUAGAACGCCUUGAUAUGCAAAUAACCCAGUUAAAAUAAAUGGGUUGCGCCAUCUAGCAUUACAUGACGACAUGCCAAACACUUUGCCACCUAGGAUAGUCUAUAUUUGUAUUUCAUUCAGUUAUCUCAUAUUUCCAGUAAAAAAACUCUUCGCUUUGGGGUUUUGGAAUAAUCUUCAGGAAGUUGGUGACGAGUUAGUAGAACUUAUAGAAAUGUCGCUUUCAUUAGACAAUGACAUGCCAAAGACGCCAUUGCCUAAGGUAGUCUUUGGACUUAAGCUAUCUCAUAUGUACAAUAACAAGAUUUGUCACUUCAGUUUUUAGAAUAAUCAGUUGGUUAAGAAUUAGAGCUAAAGUUACGCUCAUGAGUAGUAUUUGUUGUACAAACAUCCAGUUAAUUCUUGAGAUACAAUAGAGACACUAUAUUAGUACUACUUUAGUCAAAUACAUUGUCCACUGGUUGUUGUAGUGAAAUGUCGCUCUAGCUAUUAAUUUACAGAAUUGUAGAAAAUAGCCCCUACGAAAUUACAAAGAGCGAGAAUAAGGAAGCUGGCAAACUUAGUGCUUCAUGGUAUUUCAGUAGAAAGGAAAUAGAAGAGAAUUCUCCGUCUAAGAGGGAUGGCAUUGAUUUAAAGAAAGAGACUUACCUUCGGAAAUCGUAUUGCACUUAUCUACAAGAUUUGGGGAUGCGGCUCAAAGUGUAAGAUAUUUUAUGUCCUUCUAUGCAUUUAUCGAUACUGUAGCCUGUUGGCUGACUGUCCCUUACUUAUCCAAAACAUUGAGUUCUGCUACUUACCCAACCAGAUGUUAAAUAUUUCAAAAUGCGUCUUUAUAUUGUCAUUGUAUCGUAAUUGCUUCUCCUGAUGUGUUUUUGUUUUACACCAGCAUAUAUUUGGUCCAGAGAUAUUCAAUUGUUUGUCUGAUAAGAUAAUAUUUUACUUCUUUAUGGAGCACUCUUAUGGCAAGCACGUUUUUUCUGGAUGAACUGCUGGUUGGUUUUUUUCUCCAUAAAUACGAUAAAUUAUCAUAUCAUAUGAAAUGUCAAGAUAUACUGAAAAUAUGCCCUGUAUGAUGGUGGUCUGGCAUUUUAGAAUUGUUUUGGGCAAUUCAUGUUUGUAUGCAUUUUUUCUUUUGGCCCUUGAAGGCAUCUUUAAUAGUUUGCAAUUCCGAUAGAAAUUGCUGUGCUCGUAUCUUUAGUUUUUAUUACAAUUGGUCGAUCUACAACGAGUGCGUCUGAUUCCAACUCAUCAAGGUGAGCUCCCUCUUUUAUUCUUCUCAGGU